CAACAGUAAUUUUACACAACACAAUAUUUAAAAUAAAACGAAGAAUAAAUUAAAAUAUAUAAUGGUCAUACAAUAAUUAGAUUGAAUUUUAUGUACUUUUUUUUAAUUGAGUUUAAUUUAGUUUUCAAUUCUACAUAAAUUCGUAAACUUCUCUGGAUUGAAUAUUAUUUGUACAUAUGCAAAUUAUUAAUCUGCAAAAGAAUGAUGGAUAAACUUAAAGAAAAGAUUAGUGAAAAAAUAGAAACUCAGCUCUUGACAAACGUCAUAGACGAAGAGUGCAAUGCAGUUAUUAUACGGAAAAUAUUAGAAGGUCAAUACGUGGAUGUAUUACUUGAAUUAGCAUCGGCCAAACUAUUUGAAUCUCUUUCUAAUAGCGAUGAUUUACAAGAAAUCAUAUAUAAUAAUAUAAAAAAAGAUACAACGGAUAGCUACGAAUGGUUAUGCCUAAGUAUAGCAUCUUUGUUUUACUUUAUUAAAUGCAAUUGGACAGGUCCGAUUACAGAUGACAGAGGCAUUGAAUUAUUAUCGGUUACAAGAGAAAAAGCACUCAAGUAUUUAUCCCUACAUGAUGAAUGUAAUGAGAAUGUUGAAAAGCCAGAAUUUCUUUAUUUAUCUAAAAUUAUAUUCUCAAAUGAGUAUAUGCAAAACAACUAUAAAAGUUGUAUGUGGUGGUUAUUUAGAGCCAAUCUUCUGCAUCAGUUCAUAUUAGAGGAGACUUCAGGAACAAUAUUUGAAGAAACGGAAAUGUUAAUUGCAAAUAUUGGUGCUUUAAAUAUCGUACGAUCUACGUUUUCAGAAGCUCUAUUUAAUCUCGAAGUUGCACAAUUUUAUUUGUACUAUAAAAGAAUAGAAUGUUCAGAAAAGUAUUUGGCACAUGUUGAAAAUAUUGCUCAAGUAAAAAUGGAAUUACAAGGUAUUAUGGGAAAGCGAACAAAAUAUCAAAAAGAAUUGAAGCCGCAAUUAUUUUUAAAAAUAAGUAUGGACAAAGAAGAUACAUUUGAGACAAGAAUUUGCAAAAACUUACCAAAGUCUUUAGAUCUAAAUGAUGAUUUAAGACUAGAACGUACUCAGUUUUCUGAAUUUCAGGAUGAAAUUAGAUUGGGAGCAUUGGAAGAAGCCAUUGUUUUAGCAAGACAUACUCAGUUGCAGUUAUCUCAGCCAAGAGAUAAACUUACAGAUGAAGAAAUUAAUCCAUAUGUAACUAAAGUAAUCGAUAAUACAAAAAAUUGGUCAUUAAAAAUGACAGCUCUUUGUUGUCGAUGCAUUUAUGAAGCUAAUGACAAAAGAACUGUAGAGCGAUCAAUGUUACAAGCUGAAUAUUUAUUAAAAGAAAUAAAAGAUUGUAACGUCACAAUGGCAGAAAGAUUAGACAUAUUUUUUGCCAGUGGAAUGAAGCCUAUAUGGAUGUUAGAAAAAAUUUUAGCUAAUAUCAUGCUUAGUCUUGGGUUAGUGAAAGGAGCUUUAGACUUGUUUCUCAAGUUGAAACUUUGGGAAGAUGUUAUUCUUUGUUACAACAUACUAGAAUUGAAACACAAAGCUGCAGAAAUUAUACUUCAAAAAAUUGCUAAAAAACCAACAAUUAAAUUAUGGUGUUUGUUGGGUGAUACAACUGGCGAUGUAAAGCAUUAUGAAACAGCAUGGAAAUUAUCAGAUGAGAAAAGUAGUCGCGCACAGAGGCAUUGGGGGUUCUUCUAUUUUCUAAAAAAAAAUUAUGUCGAAGCUAUACCACACUUACGGUUGUCAGUUGAAUUAAAUAAUAUCCAAGAGGAUGUAUGGUUGAGACUUGGCUUUGCAGCAUUGCAAACGGAGGAUUGGAAACUAGCGGCAAUGGCAUACCGACGAUAUUGUGCUUUAGAGCAAACUACUUUCGAGGCAUGGAAUAAUUUAGCAAAGGCAUAUAUAAAAUUAGGUGAUAAAUACAGAGCAUGGAAAGUCCUUUACGAGGCGAUUAAAUGUAAUCACGAUCGUUGGGAAGUUUGGGAUAAUUUGAUGGCAGUUUGCAUUGAUUUGGGACAAUUUUUAGAAGUAAUAAGAUGCUACAAUCGCAUUUUAGACUUAAAAAAUGAGCAUUCAGAUAUUCAGAUUUUGGAAAUAUUAACGAAUGCUAUUGCAAACGACAUUAAAGAUGUUAAUGGCAAAUCAUGUAGAAACUUAUUACUUCUACCGACACUUCAAUUAUUUGGCAGAAUUACAUCUCGUAUAACUAAUAAUUCAGAUCUUUGGAGAUUAUAUUCUGAAUUAACGAUGCUUAAAAGAACAGAUGUUGAUGAUCAGAAAGCUAUGCAAUAUUUACAGAAAGCAUAUCGUGCUGCUGUAUCAGAACCCAAAUGGUUUCAAAAAGAAAAUACUACUUUAUCUGUUCUACAGUUGUGCUGUAAAUUAUCGAAGACGUAUUUACAUUGUUCGUCUUAUUGUACGGAUCAUAUGAGAUCCAAAAGAGCAUUACUAGGUAGUGCUAAAUUAGCAUUACAAGGAGUUAUUAAAAAAGUCAAAGAUAUAUAUUCAGAAAAUGCUGAGGUAAUGCAAAAUUUACAACAAGUUGAAGAAUAUUUUAAAGUAAUUUCAAGUGAACUAGAAAAAAUGUCAUCCAAUAGCCGAUAAAUUUUAAUAACAUUCGAAAAUUGGUCAAGCCGUCUAACAAAUACCUUUCUCAUUCCAAUAUCUUGUAAUUGUCGAUAAUUAUCUGCAAGUGUGUCUUCUCCGUUCGAUAGUAUUCUAAAUUUGUUCAUCUAACAAAAUAUAUUAUUAUUUAUUAAAAAAAAAAAGACACGAAUAGAAGAAACAGACUAAAAAUGAGAUAACAUAUAAUUGUACCUGUCGAAAUGAGAUUUUUACCGGCGUUGAAAAAAUAAUCCAAGUUACUACUUCAUUGCACGGUGGUGAUGUUAACGAUCCUUUAUAAGUAUAAAAAGUAUCUGUAUCUUUCGGCAUUAAAGAAGACAAAGCAAUUGAAUUAUU